GCUCGACUCGAGGGACGCCCGCGGCCGGAUGCCCUGCGUGCGCACCCUCCUCGGCCUCCUGGCUGCCCUAGCGGCCUGUGGCGCUGUCGCCUUCCUCGGCUACUGUGUUUACUUAGACCGGAAACGGCGCGGGGAUCCCGCGUUCAAGCGCCGCCUGAGGGACAAAAGAAGAGCCGAGCAGCGAAGGGCCGAGGCGCGGGCCGCGCAGUUGUGGGAUCCAGAAAAGAAUGAAAAAUGGCAACAACUUUUUUUGCAAGAGGUACGGAUGGGAGAACUUUGGUUAUCUAGAGGAGAACAUAGAAUGGGGGUUGAACAUCUCAGCAAUGCCCUUUUAGUGUGUGGGCAACCAGAGGAACUUCUGAAGGUUUUCAAACACACACUCCCUCCCAAGGUAUUUGAGAUGCUGUUGCACAAAAUUCCCCUUAUUUGCCAGCAAUUUGAGGCAGACAUGAAUGAACAGGAAUACUUGGAGGAUGAUCCUGAUUGAAAAACAUUUCACCGUAUCCACAGUCCAGUCAGAAUACUAUGGUACUAUAUAGUAUAAACAACUGCUCAGUGAUAUUUCCAUUUAUUUUACUUUUAGUAAUAAAAAUUUUUUUCUAUCUCAUACAUGAUUGACCACAUAUUUUGCUUUAAAAUUAACAGUCACAAUUAAAGAAA